AUGGCCUCCCUGAAGGGCAGAGGCUCCAUACGAAACGAACAGACGGAGACAGUCUUCACAAUGCAAAUAGUUUUCUUGUCUCCACGCCUUCUUUCUGCACUCCCCACCGCCACCCAAUGCCACCUCUAUGCCCACGUCACCAUAAUCUGUUUGCUGCGCAUUUGUUUGAGUCGCAACCCCACCCCUCUGUUUAACCACACCACGGCUUUACGCGCGUACCCAAGAAUUCGGAAACCCCAACCAAAACUUCAGUUUCUUUCUUUCUUUCUUUCUUUCUUUCUUUCUUUCUUUCUUUCUUACGUGUCUCUUUCUUUCUUUCUUUCUUUCUUUCUUUCUUUCUUUCUUUCUUUCUUAGUGUCUCUCUUUCUUUCAUUCUUUCUUAGUGUGUUUAUUUGUUUCUUUCUCAGUCUUGUUCUUUCUUUCUCAGCGUGUCUCUUUCUUUCUCAGCGUGGCUCUUUCUUUCUCUCUUUCUCAGCGUCUCUCUCUCUUUCUUUCUUUUUUCUUUCUUUCUUUCUUUCUUUCUUUCUUAGUGUGUGUACUUGUUUCUUUCUCAGUCUUGUUCUUUCUUUCUCAGUCUUGUUCCUUCUGUCUUUCUUUCUUUUUCUUUCUUUCUUUUUUCUUUCUUUGUUUCUUUCUUUCUUAUUUCUUUCUUUCUUUUUCACUGUUUCUUUCUUUCUUUCUUUCUUUCUUUCUUUCUUUCUUUCUUUCAGGUUGUGUGUGUUUGUUCCUCUCUCUCUCCCCUUGUUUGUUUGUUUCUUUCUUUCUUUCUUUCUCCCUUUCUUUCUCAGUGUGUUUGUUUCCAAUUUUCUUCCUUUCUUUUUCUUUCUCAGUGUGUUUGAUACCUUCUUUCUUUGUCUCUUUCUUUCUUGCGUAGCUUUUUGCACUUUUAAAAUGUGCUUUCUUUCUUUUUUUUACGCAGUUUCCUGCUUUAUUUCUUUGCUUCCUUCUUUCCUUCUUUCUUUUUCAUGCAGCUUUACGAAUCUCUUUCUUUCCUUCUUCCAUUCUUACGUAACUUUUCGCCCUUUUAAAAUAUUCUUUCUUUCUUUCUUUCUUUCCUUCUUCCAUUCUUCCGUAACUUUUCGCUCUUUUAAAAUAUACUUUCUUUCUUUUUCUAUUACUCUCUUUCUUUCUUUCUUUCUUUAUUUGAAUCUCUUCCUCUCUUACGUAAAUUUACGCACUUUCUGUAGUUUUCUGUCUUUUUCUUUCUUUCGUUCAUUUAUUCUUUCUUUUUUCUUUCUUUGUUUUCUAUUCAUUCCCAAUGUCUUUCUUUCUUUAUUUAUUUAUUUUUGUCUUUCAUUUUUUCUUUCUUUGUUUCUUUCUAUCUCAGUCUUAUUCUUUCUUUAUUUCUGUCUUUCAUUCUUUCUUUCUUUCUUUCUUUCUUUCUUUCUUACUUUUGCCUUGACUUCGGUUUAUUUUAAAGCUGCUGGCUUGCUUAUUACACUCGUUCUGUUUGUAUUUCUCGCCUUGUCUUCCCUCUGUCCUUCCCGUCAGCCCUUCCCGCCAGCCCUUCCCGUCACCUUACCCACCUACGUCGCUGUCGAUCUCUUUUUUUUUUUUCCCCCCGGAGACAGUUUUCCAUUAGGGGCCGCCAUGAUUCGUUGA